AUGGCACAAGAUGAAUCUUUUAUUGACUUAAUAAAUCAUAGUGAGUAUAACUUAGAUUCUUAUAACAAUGACUUAGAUAAAACAACAUUGAUUCCAGAUGCAGAAAACUCUUCCGAUGAUAAAACAUCCUCAUCUGGCAUAUCCUCAAACUUAACCACUUCCAGUGCUUCAUCUGAUCAACAAUCUUCUGUGAUGUAUUCAGAUCCUAAAGCACAAUUAUUCGAACAAAUAAUGGCAUCAUUGAAUUAUUAUCCCUUAAUGAAGGUUUAUAAAUCAUAUCAAUUUGUCGAAUUAGCUGUUGAUUUAUAUCAAAAAGAUACAGUUAUUCAAAAGGAAUGGGCGAGAAUGAUUGAUUAUUACAAAAACGAUCUCAAAUGUAAUGAUGAUAGUCGUAUUAAAUUUGAAUUCUGUAAAUGUAUUGAUGCUAUAAUGAAUGAUGAAAGAAAAAUAAUGAUUGGAUUAGACUCAACUGAAAUAGUAAAAGAUGUUUUAAUAACUUGUAUGCGAAUAUGCAGUGAACCAGAUUUCAAACUUGAAAUUCGAGUUGGGCUUGGUGGAACAACUGAUUCACUCACUGUACGUACACCAUCCUAUGCCGUUGCUGGUAUUGCUUUGUUAUAUCGAUUACUGGAAUUAUCCAAAUACUUUCUAUCGAAUAUAGAAACUUGUACAGGAAUAGUUUCAACAAGAAUCUUACAUAAUCCGCCUCUUCUCAUUUUUUAUAGUGCUUAUAGUGUUGCAGUAGAAGUGAAUAAAAUUGAUGAGAAAACUGCAAAAAAGAUUGCAAAUGACAUACUAUCAUACAUACGAGCAUAUAUUAAUGAAUAUCAUCCAGAUUUGGCGACAUAUGUUCGAUAUGGAAUGGAUCAUUCAAAUACUUAUCAGCCAUACUUAUUGGAUCGUAUUAUUAAACUGUUCAUUUCAAAUUGUCACGAUCCUGAACUUUUAAAUGCUUUGACUAAUCACGCAGAUGCUCAUGGUGGUACUAUGGAAGGUUCAAUUAAAUAUGCAUCAACACAUUCAAUCGGAUUUAGAGAUGUCAUUGAUAAAAAAAAUUCAUAUUCACUUUUUAAUCCAUUAAAUCAAGAUGAAGCAAAUAUUCAAUUUAAUCAAGAAAUAUAUUUACCUGAUUGUAUUAUUAGUGUCGGUGGAUCAGUAGAAAGACGUUUUGGUCAAGUACGUCAAAUAAUUCGACAAGCUUUUAAAGAGAGUUUACAAAUGAAUGAUGAAGACAACGAUCAUUUACCAUUAUCAAUACGAAUGUUAUCACAAGCUGGACAAACUCCAGUGUAUUAUCAUCAUUCAACACACGAAAUUACUCUCGAGAGUGUUUUAAACAGUAGUGAAAAUGAUUUAUAUAAAAACGAGAAAAUACCUAGAGCUGUUAAAGAAGAUUUAAUAAUCAUGACAGACGAUAUUGGUAUAAGAAUAUUAAAAGCAAUGUUGGAAGGCAUUCCUACGAAUAAAUUAUUCGAACUAUGUUCAUGGGAAAACUGUGUUUCAACUUUAACUGAACUGUGUUCGAAAACUUUAGAGGAACAUGCAAAAGAUGAAAAUCGAAGAUGUCAAUGUUCAAAAGAAAUAACUGAACCAGUUGCUCAAUUUUUCGAACAUUAUGGCAUAUCCAACUACCUUAAUGAUCAUAGACGGUCAAUUAUUUCUUGUAUCAUAGAUUGCUUAGAAAGCGAAAAGCGAAAAAAGCAGCAAAAACAAGAACGAAACCAAAAGAAAAAGGAAAGUCGAAUUCAAUAUGCAAUAAAUAAUUCUCGUCUCCGCAGUGGUAGUGAACCUUUAACCCAAUCAGUGACAAAUGAUCUUCGUCUUCGCAGCGAUAGUGCAUCUUCAACCAAAUCAACGGCAAGUGAUCUUCGUCUUCACAGCGAUAGUGCAUCUUCAACUGAAUCAACGGCAAGUGAUCUUCGUCUUCGCAGCGAUAGUGCAUCUUCAACUGAAUCAACGGCAACUUCGUUUUAUAUUUCAAUACAUCAUGUAAGUUUAUUUGAAUUACUAAAUGACAAUGAAGUUUCGCUUUUACGUUUAGAUUCGUUUUAUACCUCAAUAUAUCUGAUUCAUUUAAUAUCGAUCGACCUGAUUCGUGUGAUAACGAUAGAUCCGAUUCGUUUUAUGUCAAUAGAUUGGCGAGUUGGAAAAAUUCUUUAA